AUGUCUCCCAUUAACUUUGGUGUUGCUCAAAAAAGUGAGAUGGAAUUUGAAUAUAUUGAGGAAAGAAGUAGAAAAAGGUCACCGCAUUUGAGUGAAAUGAAAGCUCAUCGUGGAUAUAAUUAUGUGGUCAACAUGGUUAUGAACGUUCUUCUCAUGUUAUCGAAAAGUCAUUUAUGGAGUUUCUCUAGAGCUGUGGUGAAUAGGAUACAUGGAUCGAGAAUUGAAAGCUCUUCACACACACCAGGCGAUGGAGGUAUUGAUUGGAUAGGAGGCUGGAGAGGAUAUACAAUAAUCAUUCAAUGCAAG